UGACAAGUUGCGAAACAGCACUCGUCUGUUACAUCAUUUAGCGACGAUGCUAGGACACACCAGCAUUUUCAUUCUCGAUUGAGCCCCCCCUCCAUUAACAUUUAACAGUGGGUUCCUAAACCCUAACUUCCGUAUCUAACCAGGAAUGAAGCGAAAGCGUGGACGCCCAAAAAAAUCUGUUGCAAAAAAGCCAAAAACUUUAGCGAAUAAGGGUGAAGAAGCUUUCUUGAACUUUGUUGGCCAAAAUGUCCAAGAAAAAUCUGCAUCAGAGCAUGUCAAUGAUAAUGGGUUUGAUCAAUUUAGUUCUGAUAAGGUCUCUAGUUCGUCUUCCUCUUCUUCUUCCUCAGGUGAAAGUGAUGAUGGGUUACAGUUUGGGAGAGUUAACAGUGAUUCUGAUGAACCACAAAUUGAUAGAAGGGUUAAGAGAACAGCUAACAGGCGUGGUAGGACUAAAAAGCUGGAAGCUUCAAAGAAAAGUUUAAAUGCCAAUGUUGUUUCUUCUAAUGGUUUGGGUUCAUCAAGCAAGAAAGAAUUACCACCAUUGAAGAUUCCAGCUCAGGAUUCAAUGUUAAAUAAGAAAGAUUUGAAAGCUUCCUUAGCGGUCAUUAAAAAGGUAAUGGAAAUGGAAGAAGCCGUACGUUUUAGUGCUCCUGUGGAUCCUGUUUCUCAGGGAUUACCCGAUUAUUUCAACAUCAUAGAUACACCAAUGGAUUUUGGAACGAUAUGUAGCAAUCUUCAAAAUGGUGUCAAGUACCUGAACUCAGAAGAUGUAUAUAAAGAUGUCGAGUACAUUUGGGAGAAUUGUCGUAAGUAUAACAAAAAGGGUGAAUAUAUUGUGUACCUUAUGAAGAGGGUGAAGAAGAAGUUUAUGAAAUACUGGACAGCAGCAGGGCUACAUAGUGAGAUAACGAAGAAGCCCAGCGGACAUUCUCAGUUAGCACCUUCUGGUGAUCAUGCUGUGGGAUAUAGCAGGCAUGAUCCAAUGUCUACAGUGAACCGUCCAGUGAGUAACCCCAUUCAGAUGCAGCAGAACAAUUUUGGCACCAGCCAGGCCCAGCCUCAGCCUCAAGUGCCUCUAUCAAGCUACACCCAACCCUAUCAUCAGUCUCAGCCAAGCACCAACCAAGUGCCACAAUUUUCCCGGUUCCCAGCUGGUGUGGAUGCAGAUAUGCCAAGGGGAGGUGGACGUUUGGGUAGGGCUCAGCGCAACCAUUCAGAUGGAGUUGUUAAUGAGGGGAGUAUGAAGGAAGGGACUGAUGUACACGCUGCAUCUAAUCUACCGCUGCCACGAACACCUAACUCAGACCCAGCUGCAAACACUCCUGUUGGAUGCACACCAUCCUCAGCAUCUGGCCCUCCAACUCCAGGAGGUGAUAUUGGAUCCUCAACCACCUCCACUACAGUUACAGGCAAUCGGCGUGCCCUUCAAGUCAUCGGUGAAGAUUUUGAUCCGCCUGAUUGUGUUCGCAUGAUCACACGUAUUUUUAAGAUGAGAUUUGAUUCGGCAGGAUACAACUGGAAGUCUGUGACUGCAGACACCAAGAACUUCUACUGGCAGGAGUUCAAGAAACACUUUGUAUGGGAUGAGGCAAUCGAGGCCUCUGUGAAAAGGAAUUGGAAUAGGAAGGCUGCAGAUCGCUAUAGGGGUAUGCUUGGUAAAUGGAGAAAGAAGAAGCCUAAAUAUCUACCUGAUAAUAUUUGGGAGAGUUGGAGGCCAUAUUGGGAGACUCCUGAGUUCAAAGCCAAAUCUGAACAGUGUUCUAAGAACCGUUUGAGCGAGACUGGUGGUCCAGGGGCUGGUCCCUCACGCCAUACAGGAGGAUCUAUCUCUUACAAAGUACAUGCAGAACGCUUGGAGGCUCAAUUACAACGACCACCACUUCCGCAUGAACUUCUAGAGGCAACACACACUAGGAAGAAGGAUGGGCAAUUUGUGGACCAAAAGUCCAAGAGUGCAUAUGAGGCGAUUUUGUCUAGGGUUCAAACUGAAUCUCAGCCCCAAGAUGGAUCUUGUGACCCGUGCUCAGUCGACGUUGCACAAAUAUAUCUGCAGGAAGUGGGUGGUGUAAAGAAGCGACAGGUUUACGGCCUUGGCUCGCAAGCAUCAGUUCUCUUUGGACGCUCUAGUGCCUCUAGCUCUUUUGCAACAUCUCGCCUUCAAAAUAAUAAUAUCGACUCUCGGAUUCAGGAGAUGGAGCAACGCAUGAAGGAGCUGGAGAUGCGUCAUCAACAGCAGCAGGAGGAGUUGCAGCAGCAAGUCCAGCAACAAGUUGCAAAGCUACUUCGUUCCCAUUUAGUAGCUAUGGCAGGUGGCUUACCUGCUCCACCUACCCUUCCUUCGCAACAUCCUCGACCACAGUCUUCAGGUGCUCAUCAAGGCAACGAUGAUGCUGCUAAUCUAGGCAGACUUUAGAUGUUGUAUCUGUUGUAUAUAAAUUUUGUACUUUUAGGCUCUGUUCGGGAACAGCGUUUGAGGGAGAGUUUAGAGUUUUGACUGUGUCAAAACACUGUUUUUAUAAAUUAUAUCCUUAGGUAGAAUAGUAUAUAAAAUAGCUGUUAGCGGAUAAGAUAGCGUUUAUUAAAAAGUUAAUCCAUCUAAUGUUCAGUGUUACCAUUUUUUGAUUAAA